AUGGGAGAUCGAGUCAAGUGGAAGUUUAGAGCGAGGGUGACCAACCCUAUAAAUAGUUGGAAUGAUGGUGAAGGAAAAAAAGAAUCUAUAAAACCAUAUAAGUAAUUUAAAAAAUCCGUUCAAAUAUUUCACGUUAUUUUACACGUAUUUUCACUCAAUGACGUCAUUUCAGUUUUUGUUAAACUAGGACAACCAAUAACUGAUUAGCUGACUCGACAAUUUUUUUAUACAGACUCUAAUAGAGCGUAAUAGGGAAGUAAGGGGGAGGGUUAAAUAAAUAUUCAGCUAGGUAUGUGAAAACGAAAUUCGUCUAAACUUUUUUCUAAAACACAAACUUCUAUCUAACAAACAUUAUAGAUAAAAAUCGCAGUUUUGUGUGUCUUAGCAUAUUUAUACAUAAAAUUCGUAUUUUAUUUAUUAGGUACGAUUAUUAUAUGAAUGUCCCUCGGUGUACUUUGUGAAUUUAAAUCGGCAAAUAAUAAUAUUAUAAUUUGUAUUACAGAAUGUAGUUAAACGCCUUAAAAUACGUGAUAGUAUGUGCAUUUCAUAAUGAUAUUGAAAUUUAAUAACCUAUGCAUUUAAAAAAUUAUAACUUAUAACUUAUAACACUUAAGUUAUAACCUUUAUACUUUUAUACCUUUUUACUAAUAAAAGUAAAAUAAAAAAAUAAUUUACAAAAUGCCCAAAAAUUACAGUAUUAAAAAGCAAGUCAAUUGGCUUGAUUUAAUGUACCUACAAAAAUAAGAUAUAAGUAUCUGUUAUACCGAAACGUCUAAAACGCAAUAAAAAAAACUCGAAUCGCCGCGAUAUGAUUAUCUUUUUUUUCGCUUAGGAGACAUAUACUAUUGUGGUUUUAUAGAGCAGGUAUACGCUAUACUGAUCAAUCGAUUAGUUUAGUAUAAUUAUACUGACCUAAUACUGUUGGACAGAAAACCAAAAUCGCCAAAUAUGUAAUAUUGUUGUGGACGUUACAAUUGUAUGCGCAGAAAAUGUAUUCGAAAUUCGAAAAUUAAUUCAUUAAGAACAAAAUAAUACGUAUAGGUAUAUAUACAGACAGCUUAAAAUACUUAAUUUUAAUUACCACAGCUGUAUAAUGUAGAUACUAUUACCAAGUGCACAAGUGAAAUGUCAAAAACACCUUUGUAAAAUAUAUAAAUAGGUAGGUAAUAUUCAAUUAUUCUACCUAUCGCCGCGGGCGACACACGAUUCCGCACAAUAUACUUUUUUACCUAUACGAUUCCGCACAUUUUCGUUAUGUACACAAAUCUUUUUGUUUUACCUUACAAUAAAGCAAUUCCGCAUAAAUAUAUAAUGCGACGUUGCCAUAAAAAACGUUUAUAAAAUAUACAAAUUAAUAUUAAUAAUAAUUGUUGGUAUAAUAAGAAAUAAUAAUUUUAAAAUUGCAUCGUAACCCAUAGGUAAAACAAAUUAAUCAAAGUUGAAGUUGCACCAUUAAAGCAAACACUUAUUAGUUCUGUGAAUGCCUCAUUUACUUCAUUACUUUCAAAAAAGGGUAAAGCGAAAAAUUGUUACGACACUCACUACGGCAACGACGCAUAGAAAUUGUGUACGGAAUCUUGGCAAAUACGAAAUCGUGAAUUACCAAUAUUAUGAAACCGUUGAAAAUGUUACAAUAAAACAAAUAUUAUCUUAACUCUUAAUUAAAUUCAGGAUUGAAUUACCUGUUAUAUUAAAAUUAAUAUUUUAGAUUCUGAGUGUAGGUAGUGAAAAAGCUAUUAAUUUUACUAAAAUGUGUUUUUUUCUCGGAAAACAUUUUCAGUUAAUAAAAAUGUAACGAAAAUUCUAUCUAUCUUAAUAAUUUCUAAAAUAAAAAAAAGAACGAUAGGUGGUAUACUUAAUAUUAUUAGGACAAGUACAGUGGUUUGCCCUGGAAUUUUCAAUGGGAGAGGAUAUCCGAUUUAGUAAAUAACAAUCAUGAUUUAUGAAUAAAUAGUAGAAUCUUCUUUUGUUAUACCUAACCCGACAACGGAAACAUAUAAGCCGGAUCCAAAAAACCAAUUUGGCAAUUCAUAUUCAAUAAAUCAUAUUUUUUUUCUUGUGACUUAGCUAAAAUAUAUAAUUUCAAGAUAAAAUUACAAAAUAAACAUUUAGUUUUAUAUUUUUAAGCCGAUACCCCCCCCCCUCUAUUGGCUAUAUUCCCCCCCUGGAUGUAAAUAUGUAACCCAUACCAUCCCUAUCCUAUGUACUAAUCUAGACAAAUAUUUUUUACACUACUAUUGUUAUUACAUUAUCAUAAUAUAAUAAAGGCUGAAAUUUCUCUCGAAAAACAAUGGUAAGGUAGUUGAGUGAUGAUAGAUUUUUGUCUCUCUGUCAAGAAGAAUUGAAUAUGAUCCCGCUGUGGGUCGUAAAAAUACAAUACAGGAAACAGGUAAGUAAGUAAUUAGAAAUUAUAACUAGGUCAAAAUGAGUCAAUGACAGAUCUAGUGGGUGUGGAUGAUCGUCUACCCCCCCCCUGUUCACUCUCUCCAAUAAACUCUUAGCUUUAUUCGUCAUUAAACUCACCAUCAUAUAUGUGUGCCUCAUUAUACUAUGACUUUACGAAAUAGCCCACACCCCCGUUAUCUCAUCCUGGGUCCACCCCCGAGAUGAGUAUACUUACUAAUAAGUGCAAUUACAAUUAUUAUUAUUAUUAUUAUUAUCGACGAGACGGUCCUGUUUAGCGUUUGCGAUCAAAAUAUACAUUAUUCAAAAGCCGUUCGGCUAUACCUAUAUAUAUGUAGGUAUACCUACCGACCCGAAAACAUUCGGUAGGUACCAACUACCUAGCUAUAAUAUUAUAAUACCUAUAUCUAUGGGAAUGCAAUGGGAUAAAUAUUCAAAAUGACCUCAGGUCAUUGGAAAGCCGCCAAUAUAACGGCUAUAAAUAUGCGCGUUUAAUACCCGAUAAUAUAUUAUUACUACACGCACUUUCGCGUUCUGACUCCUGGAUAAACUAUUAUACAUAUUAUUAUUGUACAUUUAAAAGGCCGAUUUAUCAAUCCAUGCCUACAAAGUCAAAUGGACGAUUACAAAUAUAUUAUACUAGUGCAGUCAUUGACGGGCAUACUGAUUUAUUAAAUUGUGACUAUGCUUUGGGUCGUCGGCACUGUCUACAGCCAUCUCAUGCCUUAAUUAUAAUAUUUAAAUUAAAUUAGUCUCUGAUUUUAGGUUGUAAACGUAUCGGACACAAGCUUUGUGUAUUUUCAGACUCUACUUACAUCCGUGAUUAUAUUAAGGUAGUGUUCACGUGUGAAUAUCUACACUUACCUAUGAUUUAAUAUAGACACCUACCUAGGUAAAAUAUUAUGAUCACGCGUGUUAUUAUUUGAAACGAACGUCAGUUUACUAUAAUAAUUAUUAUACUGUCACAUAAAUGUUAUCGUGACGCUAUGAAAUCGGCCAAAUCGGAUAUUCGUUUAAUUGAUAUUAGGUACAUUGUGACAUACCGAGCAUUUGGUAGGACGUAUGAUGUGACCUACCUGUAUUACCGGAGUUUAUAUAAUAAUUAUAUAUGACCUAGAUACCUAAACGAGAAGCAUUAACGCAUAGCACAGUUAUCUACACUAUGCUAGAUAAGGUACUUACGACACUUUACAUUAUGAUUAGUGAAUCACGGCGGCGCGUACUUAUCACACGGCCGCCAUUUUCUCGGAUGGUAAAACAAUAAUCUAUGCUUACGAAAUACGUACAAAAUUAAACUUUUUCGCUUUAUUGAAAAAAAUAUAUUCAACAUUUAUACGACGAAAACAAUUAUUUUUUCUAAAAUAUUUUUGUUACAUUGUUAAGUAGACGUUCUCACAUCGCAUGGAAGUUUUAUUUUAAUUAAAAGUAUUACAUGAGUACGCAAUUAGUUAACAUAGAAAUAUGUUGCAAACAUGAAAUGUUAAUAUUCAUUUUUCAUUUAUUAUAAAAUUAUUAUAUUUUAAGUUCUUACAAAUAAUGGUUUUUAGACAAUUUAGAAAAUGUGAAGGUUCAGAAACACUAAUUAUAAUUACCUAUUGAUUAUUAAAUAAUAUUAAUUUAAUGAGGACCCGACGUUAGCUAACAGAUUUGUCUGUUGAUUUGGCAAUAUAGUAUAAACGUAUUUUUUAGAUAUUGCAUUCAAAUUAUAGAUACUAAAUUUAAUUUAUGGUUUUUCUAGAAAACUAUCAUGUAAACAAUUUAAAUGUUUAAAAAUUGUAUUAUUAUAAACAUAGUUUUAAGCAUAAAUAACAAUUUAAGAAUUUAAACCUGAUUUUAAAGAUUUAAAAUUACUAGUGAAAUGAAUGAGAACUUUCAAUAAAUUUAAUAAUUUGCAUUACAUUGGGUGAACUUUUUACCGACCCUCCCCUAUUUUUAACGUCAACUAGAGUGGAGUAAGAAUGUUUUUGAUAAUAAUUAUGAUCAGUGGUGGUUUCUAGUAAAUUCUCAGUACAUAAGUAUAGGACAAUUUAUUUUUUUUAAAACGCUUCUUACUACAAAUCCAUUGAUACAGUAUAAAAUAUUGUCUUUCAAAACGUUAACAUUAUCAUUUUCUCAGGAAUUCAAGUCUGACAUUUUUUCAGACAUCAUCAACAUUUUCAUUCAAUUUUCUUUUAUUUCCAUCGCAUUUCAAAUAUACUGUCAUAACUAUCAUAACUAAUAUUAUCUAAUGCAAUACAAUUGGCAGCAUAAGAUGGAGUUACCAAAUUUCUUAAAAGCAAUUGUCUAAUAGCUGUUCGAAAUUCCAAAACAUUAGGAUUAUUAUUGUGCCCAAACCUUUGUAUAAUUUAAAAAAAAAAAAUAUUUCUAAGUGGUCUUGUGUAAGUUUAAUUGUUAAAACAUCUUUAUAUUUGGUAACAUUAAAUAGUUCUUUCGCUAAAUUUAAUGUUGAUUUUACAGCUAUUGCAAAUCCUAUAAAUAUAAAAUGCACAUUAUUUUUUUUUCGCUUUAUUGCUAAAAGUCAUUUUUUCAUCAAUUUCUCAUUAGAAUAUGGAAAUCUUAUAUUAUAAUAAAUAAUAAAUUAAUACUAUAUACAUAAUACGGUUUUAACUUGUGUUGCUAUAUGUAUUUAAAAUAGGUAGGCACUUACCGAAAAAAAUGUAUAAAUUGUCCUGGUUUAGACCCAUUUUAACAACCGUAUGCAAUACAUGAAAUUGGCAUAAUAUUCUAAUAUAGGUGUCUAAUGUAUAAAAUAAAAUAGAGUAUUUAAUAAUAUUAUUAUAUAUGUUGCCGCGUGUUUCUGUACACAACCUUCACAAGUCUUGUCAUCCGAGAAAAUGGCGGCCACUACAGCGGCGUAUUUCACUUGAUAACGGGAGUACGGUAUCUAGUGUAAUACAGAUAACUGAGACGAUAAUAGUGCAUAGACAUAGACAUGUCGUUUUCGCAAACCAUUAACCAAAAUAUAUAAACAUGUGUAAUAACGAAUAUAAUAAGGUUAAUGGCUAAGACACAGCUAUUUAAAAUACAGGUACCGACUUAUACUGAGAUCAGCGAAUCCGUUAAAUGACAUAUUAAACGAAUACCCAAAUUUUAGAUUACUCCCUCCCAUCUUCAAGUUUACCACCCUUAAAACAUUUAAUUAUUUUUUUGUAUACAGUUAGGUAUGUGUUCCUACCAUUAGUAACGUAGUAACCUAACGGGGUUGCCAACUAUUCAAUUUAAAAAAUUGGUUAUUUUUUCCAAUACGAGAAAAUUGCAUUCUUAUUUAGUUUGAUAAUUUUGGGAAUACCAUAUAAUAUCAUACUUUCUAUUCGCUUAUGUGAAAUAAGCUGUUUGCGUGAGGUUGCACAUCCGAUUUAUCUCCAUGAGAUAUUAAAAUGUCUUUCCUACAUAAUUUACAAUGACCACAACAAUUGUAAUUUUCGUUUUUUUAAAGCCUGCAGGCAUUAGGACUUAACCACGUUCCACGAAAAGUUCAAAGACGUUUUACCUUUUUUCGAUGGAGUACUUUAUUCUCCAGUAUCAUUAAUUUCAUAUAUGAUUAUAAUAUAGAUAGGUACCCAUCAAUCGAACACAUGUACAAUAUGAAAACGCAUAGCGCAGGUACUGACGGCUCAUUCCAAAAUAAAAUAUUUGUGCCCGUGUCAACGAAAUGACAAUUACAUGUUGUGAAAAAAUACAGAUUGAGUAAUAAUGAUAAUUUAGACACGCACUACUUAACAACGAUCGGUCAGAUUGAUACAUUUUAUCAACAGUUCAAUCGUUUGUACAAAUGUGGAAAAGAUAUUUGUAUACAAAUUAUUAUAUUCCCAAUGUCCCGGGGAAACUGUAUCCCGCAACAUCGAUCGGGACGCGGGAAAAAAAAACACGCAAAUCGCGAAUGUCCCGCUAAAAUCGGGACGGUUGGCAACCCCGGUACCUACCUAGCCAAACAAAUUUUGUGGAGGGUUUUAACUUUUAAGUUUGCAAUUUUCUUGGUUCUUAAACACGCACCUAUAAUUGACUCAAACGAGUCAACAAUCGAUUUGGGAUCAACAAUUUGGUGGUCGACAACAAUCGAGUGGGAGGUGGUAGAGAUUAUAGAUACGCGUCCAUAGGUACGCAUCGGACGGAUCGUAUGAAACGGAUCAAUUUAUGGUAGUGCGUCCACUGUAUACGUAGCGAUCGGAUUGCCUAAUUUUACAAAUACAAAACCGAUUUUGGUUUUUGGUGUAUCUUUAAAAGAAAUGACCGUAGAAUGUAGAUAUAUGACAUUUCGACUGAAUUUUUAUAUUAGCAUUUUCUAUACACGAUUAAAAUAUUUUGAUUUGUUUUGAACUGUUUACAGGCAUUUUAAGUUUCCAAUUUUUUUGUGUUUAUUAUUAAUAAACAUAAAAUAUUUAUUAUUGUUUACUUUAUUAUUUUAAAAUUUAAGUUAUGUUAACUUAUUAACUUAACUUAAUUCCUUCAGAUAAAAUUAACUUAACUCAUUUUCUCCAAGGUUAACUUAAAAUUAACGUAUUUUUUUUCACUUUUAUCAAUUAAGUUAAUUUUGAAUUUCAAAACCAGAAAAACAUUUUUGUUCAAUCCAAAGUUCGAUUACAAGUUCGUGGANAUAUAUUUUUAUUAAAAGAUAAGAACAUUUUGAGCACAAUAAUAGGGGUACCGGGAAACAAUAUUCGGAUCGUAUAAAUGACUAUAAGUCUAUAAUAGCCAAUAGGCAGUAAGUAUAUUAAUAGCAAUGAGUCCAUGAAUUAUAUUGUUAUUGUUGUGAAUAGUAGCCGUCUACUUUAUCUAAUAUAUAUAAAUAAAUAUGUUAUGUAUUAGUGUUAAUAGUAUUAUACAUUUUUCUUAUAUCCCUACGGCUUACUUCCAUGGAAACGACACUACUGUGUUAGCUGUUAGUGUUGAUAGUUGUUUUUGCAGUAUUGUGUAUUAUUUUACUUUUCGCAUUAUUAUUUAACUACAAAGGAUACAAAGCGCAAAGGAUCGACAUUUUUGUUUUGUCACACAAAUCACCAUUAUUGAUUAUUAAAUAUGGACGAUAAUUAUCCAAGUAAGUUAUAUUGAUUACAGAAAUAUUAUAAUAUUAUUAUCAAUAUAGUUAUAUAAAAUAAUACCUAUUGAACAAAUGAAUUAAUUAGGUUGGUAUAUUAUAGUACCUAUAUGUACCUAUAUGUACCUAUACAAUAUACGUACGUAUAUUGUCCAUAUACCAUAUACGUUUUUAGAACCCAGCUAUAUGGUUUAUAUUCAAAAAUAUAUUCUGUAAUACUUGAACUAAACAAGUAGAUAUUCAGGAUAUUUUACUAUUCCUUAAUUUUAGGAAUGUUUUAAUACUUUUCUUGAUAGUUUAAUAGUCUACUUCAUAUUAUGUUAUUGUUAUUACAAUUGAAAUUUUCAAUUUAUAUUCAAAUACCUAAAUUACUAAAUUAGUAAUUGUUUUGUAGGUGCUAUAUUAAAGUAUCUUUAUCUUUUCUUGUACAAUUGAUGAUUAGAAAACAAUAUUUAAUUAAUACAAACUAUAAAGUAAUUGUGUAAUAAACGAAGACUACCUGAUUCAUUGUUAAUAUUAAGUAUUAACAUUUUUUAUAUAAAGAAAUUUGUGAUUUAAGUUUUUAGUAAUGUAUCAUUAGGAUAUUUGCUUCCCGCGAUUAAUGCUUUUCAAAAAUCUUUAAGUGAAAUGAACAAUAUUAUUUUUUUACAAACCACUUGUGAAUGCUCUUCAACGAGGAUUAAAUAAAAGGUAAUAUUUCUGUUUAAAAUAGUACUUAACUAAGUAACUAAAUGCUUGAAAUGCUUAAGAAAAUGUUAAAAACAUAAUUUUGUGUUAAUUAAAUUAGGUAUUCGUAUUACAUAAUAAUUAAUAUACCAACACUAGAACCAGAAUUUUAAUUUUAUUUUUUAUUAACUAUAUUUUAAUAAAUGUAAAUACCAUGCAUUUUGUUUUAAAACUUUUAAUAAUUUAUGGUUCUUAGUAUCAAUAUUUUUGUCAAAAUAGUGGAAAAGUUAAAUGCUGUAUUCUAAUAUUGCCUCAAAAAGAUAAAUUAAAUUAAUUGUUAGAUAGUCAUUAUUUUAAUUUGUUUUAUACAUAAUUUGAUUAAUAUAUAUUUAAAAUAAGUAAAUAUAAAAAUUGUAUUGAAAUAACUUCAUAAAAUCAUUUAUAUUUUAAUUUUUAGAUUCAUGAUAUACAUGCAGUCCAAGAUGUGCCAAAUUGCAGCCUGUUUAGUUCCAAAAUUUAAAUUAAAUUGGGUUACACAAGAAGAACGGAACGGCAUUAAGAAUACUUUUAUAGAAGCUGUAGUUGAUUAUUCAACAACAGAAAUAAAUUCUCAAGAAUAUAAUCUACAAUCUACAUCUAGUGCUUUGUCUAGAGAAUGUNACAUACGUAUAUUGUCCAUAUGCCAUAUACGUUUUUAGAACCCAGCUAUAUGGUUUAUAUUCAAAAAUAUAUUCUGUAAUACUUGAACCAAACAGUAGAUAUUCAGGAUAUUUUACUAUUCCUUAAUUUUAGGAACGUGUUAAUACUUUUCUUGAUAGUUUUAUAGUCUACUUCAUAUUAUGUUAUUGUUAUUACAAUUUAAAUUUUCUUAAUUUGUAUUCAAAUACCUGAAUUACUAAAUUAGUAAUUGUUUUGUAGGUGCUAUGUUAAAGUAUCCUCAUCUUUUCUUGUACAAUGAUGAUUAGAAAACAAUAUUUAAUUAAUACAAACCAUUAAGCAAUUGUGUAAUAAACGGAGACUACCUGAUUCAUUGUUGAUAUUAAGUAUUAACAUUUUUUAUGUAAAGAAAUUUGUGAUUUAAGUUUUUAGUACAAAUCAAGAACACCAAGAAGAGAACAGAUCAAAUAAACUCAAAUGGCCACAUAAUUUUUAAUAAUAAAUAUUACAUUAAGACUUUUUUAUAGGUAUUGGAAUGAAUAAUUGCAAAUUUAAAAGACUAUUCAAUAAAAUAAUUAUUUAACAUUUGGUCAUUGUUCCACAGUGAAUUAUUAUUAUGUGAUAUUAUCAUUAUGAGUGACAAAUGAAUAAAACUACAAAAAUUAUCAUAAAUCUGACAUUUGAGUAUUUUAAAACCAUCUUAACAACGAAAUUUUAUCUAAAUACUUUUUUCUACAUUAAUGUAGGGUAAAAAAUUAGAAAACAUGCAUGGCUGAGGUUAAUUUAUUUGUUUUCAUUGUAAUGUUUAUUAAGUUUUGUAAAUUAUGAAUAGAAAUCUCUUACUUUGACACCUUACGAAUUUUUAUUUUUUUCUUGUAAUUAACUUAACUUAUUAAUUAAAAUUAAGUUAAGUUAACCAAAUUUGUUAACUUAAUCUUUAACUUAAUUGGUGUGAUUACCAUAUUAACUUAAUUGGUAACUUAACUUAAAUUAGUUAAAAAAUUCAUUAACUUGCCCAGGCCUGUGAAGAAGUAUGGAGAGAAUCGGAAGAAGGUUUUCGUGAAAAAUGGAAUUUUCCUAACGCGAUUACUGCCAUUGAUGGAAAAUACGUGUUGAUACAGGCACCACCUCACAGUGGAUCAAAUUAUUUUUGUUAUAAAAAACACUUUAGUACGGUGCUAUUAGCCUUAGUGGAUGCAAAUUAUAAAUUCAUACUCGUAGAUAUUGGGGCUUUUGGUAAAAACUCUGAUGCUAGCAUUUUGCGAAAUUCUAAUUUGGGUAAAGGCUUACAGAACGGAACACUAAAUAUACCUUCACCAAAAAUACUACCAGGGGGCAACGACGUAUUACCUCACGUCAUAAUUGGUGAUGAAGCGUUCCCAUUAUGCACGAAUUUAAUGCGACCAUACUCACGCGACGAUGCACAAAGAAACGAAGAAAAAAAAGUGUUUGACUAUCGGUUGAGUCGUGCUAGAAAUACUGUGGAAAAUACGUUUGGAAUAUUGGCACGGAAAUUUAGAAUUUUCGAACGUAAAUUGUCCUAUGUCUCAAGAACACAUUAUGAGUGUGGUAAUGGCUACAUGCUGCUUGCACAACUUUCUAAGAAAUGACACGUGUCACUGGACAGAAAAUGAUUUGAAUAUUUUUAUUUCCAACAUGAGAGGACUGCAAGACUCAAGAAAUAUAGGUGGAAAUUCGAAAACAGAUGCUCUAGCAGUUAGGGAUGGUUUCAAAAGUUAUUUCAAUUCAGCAGCGGGGUCAGUAGAAUGGCAAUUAAGGAGUGUUCGAGCUGGGAGGAGGUUCACGUGA